AUGCAGAAGGAUAGCAUUCAUACGCCUGGGUGUGCAGCGCCCGCAGACGCUUACGGAAUCCCAUCAUCCGUCCGGCAUAGUCCCCAGACGGACUUACCCGUGUGGCAAUUCGUUCACAAAUUAUCCACCCCCGUCCCCAAUCUAAAAAAUACUAAUCGACCAUAUACUCACAUUUGCAUGUUGUGUGCCGCGGCGCCGCCUCUACGAUCCACGAUCAAAGCAGCUCCGACGUGGAAAAACGCACUCAUGCGGCAAGGCAUGUCCACAAAUGCCGUCGCACACGUCCAGCGCGUGCACCCGCGCGAGUUUCAAACAAUUGCUGACUCUAAACUACAGAAACGAGACGCUGUCCUAGAAAACGCUCGAAAAAAUUCCACUACUUUUCCAAAAACCCACGACACGCGAGGUCUCAAAUUCACGACAUCGAGCGAGAAAAGGGUGUGUGAAGUAACGCUACAAAGUCGCACCCAACAGCUGAGCCGCGGGACGAAAAGACGCGGAGACGACAAGAGGCUUGAGAGGCCGUCAAAGAGCCGGAAAGUUCGGGCCAAGGAAGGACCAGUGGACACGCAGGACCCACUGAGCAAAUGUGACAAGGUGCAAGACUCCGAUACGAUCAGGCGGUGGCUUCUGUCGUCGGGAGCGCCAGUCUCGAUGCUUUGUGAUCGAGAUGUGCAACAGUUGCUCAAGCUUCUUCUCCCGGAGCCUCUAAUCUGGCCAUUUAAACGGGACUUGAUUCGUCAUGUGCAGGACGAAUUUGUUACAUUUGGCCAUUUGCUGCAAUCGUAUCUAGCCGCAGAGUCACGAGCUGCACUGGGACUACCGUUUGUAUCAAUUUGCCACGAGUUUCGGCCGAUGGAUGGCAUUGCAGCUGAACGUGACGUGACGCAUUCGAGACUGUUGGAUCGGGAACGAGCGUUUUUCAGUCUUUCAAUCGGAUUGAUUGACUCCCACUGGCGGAAAGUGGACCUGGCGCUUGCAGCAAAAGUCGUCCCGCGUACGUGGGACAAGCAAGUGAACAACCUUGUGAGUGAGACGGCAGAGAAGGCGUACAACAUCCAGUCGAUUUCCGACUACGCACGGUUUAACGUCGUUGUUAGUGAUGAUGAUCUGCCGUAUGGAGAAGACGAGUCGUUCACAAGCGAACAGGAGGACCUGCUUACACGUACGCUUCGCCAUUGUGUACAUGAAGCUCUUGGUGUUGGACUCUGCAGCCUGUCUGGUGUUGAGACAAAUGUGUGUCGCAUUCUGCGCUUACUGCAAGAGCUGGUGCACUUCUUUGAACCGCCGGAUCGGUCCCGUGCUCUGGCCGAGAUCGGUGCUGGUCUUGGCGCGGACACGUCACUUUGCUCAAUUAACUCGAUGGAAACACUGGCGUCUCCCACCUCGACUUCGAUCGGCGCGCUUGCAAAACUGUUCGCGACAAGUUGUGCUCAGUUCCCUUUGUACCAGUCUUACUUCCAGUCCCCGACGAGACCUUCAGCGACGAAUCCUAGUGCUAAGUUAGCAUGGACGCAGCUGACCACACAGGAUUGGCAGACGGUGGCGGAAAUCGAGGCAAUCUUGAACCAGCUUGGACAAUUCUGCCUUAAUGAUCGCCUAGCUUCGAGAACGCGCACGGUGACACCAUCGUAUACGAUGCUAUUCCGAAGACUUCUGUCCGUUGCGACGGCUGCGUCUAGCUUUAAGGGCUACUUUAUGGAUGAGUCUUCGAUUGAUCCUCCGCUCGUCCAGAGCACGGUGCAGCGUAAGGCCAAAUGUGUGGACGAUUUUACUCUGACUGGCCAACAGUGUCUCGUGCAGCUUCGGCAGCUCAUCGUACAAAAUUUUCCGAGUCCUUCAACUCCGUCUGCAGUCGAUGAUGAGAUCAAAGCUAUGCUACUAGAUCCUCGUGUCAGCUCCAAGGUUGGUGAUCUUGUAACAGACACCCAUGCAUUGUGUCGCGCUCAGGAGACUUUGCGCCAGGAACAUCGUGCUGCUUUCGAGUUGCUCACAGUUUGUGAUGGAGAUGAAGUCCCUGGUGCCGAUAACGAGACCAAAGAUGAACUCGAUGAUGAAUUCAGUGCUCUGUUAACGGUCGAGGGGCCGAAGAACCAGUCGCCUACGGUAUCGUCCACCACGAUUAGCAGCAGACAUUCAAGCAGAGGUGCUGUAUCUGAAAAAGAGUCUCGCGCUUGGCGAGAGUGGCAGAAUGUAUGUGUCGAGUGGAAUACCCUAGCGCAAGAUGGAGCCGACUUGUUCCACAAGGGCAAGUAUAACUUGCUGAAGCUGUACCACCACGUGAACAUACUCGAGUGGUUCCGUGACGUUGGUCAGCAUGCACAUCCGGCAGCGUCGUUGCUGGCGCGCAUUUAUCUCAGCCAGCACUCCCCGCCCUCUCAAUUCCUCAUGCCGUCGCUCUCGCACUUUGCGGUACAAGAAGAGGCUAUUUGGGUUUCGGGGGCUGCGGAAACAGCAGAAAUGCGGUGCAUUUUGCAUCAGAAUUGGCGCCAGUAUCAAGAGCUGAGCUCCAACGCAGCACGAUCUACCGCCAGUGACAAAAGGAUCAACCCGGGUGGACGUUGA